AUGGAUUUUAAAAAGUGUCCAUAUGAGCAUACACUUUUUGUUAAAACUGGGGAGAAUGGAAAAAUGCUCAUUUUGUGCUUAUAUGUUGAUGAUCUUAUUUUCACAGAGAAUAGUAGUGUGAUGUUUGAUGAAUUCAAGAAGUGUGUGAUAAUUGAAUUAAAGAUGAUCGAUCUUGGUAAGAUGCAUUAUUUUCUUGGUUUAGAAGUGGUGCAAUCUGAUGAAGGGAUAUUUGUUUCUCAAAAGAAGUAUGUGCGAGAAAUUUUAAAUAGGUUUGAGAUGCAGAAUUGCAAUCCAGCCAACAUUCUAGUUGAGUUAGGUUUGAAACUUAACAAAGCUUGGAGUGGAAAGAAGGUGGAUAACAUGGUUUACAAGCAAAUUAUUGGUAGUUUAAUGUAUCUAUCUACUAAAAGAUCAGACAUCAUGUAUGUUAUUAGUCUUAUCAACAGAUAUAUGGAGUACCCGACUGAAAUGCAUCUCCUAGCUGCAAAGAGAAUUCUGCGGUACUGA